AUGAGUAAUACAAUAACAGUACUUGGAAGAACUAUCAUGAGUGACGUUGCUGUAUUGGCAAUUGAUGAAUUCGUAAAAGGAUCGUGUACCGUUGGCGUAGAAGGUUUACGACAGGAAUUUGUAAAUUUAAAAGACUAUACUCCAUCAUGUUUUCAAUACAAUCAUUGCGCAACUAAUAUGAGCAAAAAUCGCUAUAAGGAUGUUGUAUGUUUGGAUUCGACUCGAGUGGUACUAACCUUAAAUGUACCACCGGAAUCUGAUUAUAUCCAUGCUAAUUGGGUCAAAUUAUGGGGUGUUAAUCGUAUUUUCAUAGCCACUCAGGAUCCACUUGAGUGCACAAUAAGUGAUUUUUGGCGUAUGAUAUAUGAGGAAGAAGUGAGGACAAUAUUAAUGCUAUCGAAGACGAUUAACAGUAACAGUAGCAAAGUAAAAUGUGCUCAGUAUUGGCCUAAACAAAGUGGCGAUCGGACAAAGCACGGCUCUUUAUUCAUCAGUAAUACAAAGGUAGAAAAGGAUGACAAAUUUAUAAAGAAUACGAUAGAAGUGCUUCCGGAAAACUGCUCAGACCCCAUAAAAUUGCAAUUAAUUCAAUUAAUGGACUGGCCGGAUUACGGUAUACCACAAAAUGGCAUAAGCAUAUUACAAAUGCUGAAGCUUAUUCAUCCUAAUUAUUUACAAAUUAAACAGGAUGGACCAUGUGUGGUACAUUGUUCUGCGGGAAUCGAAGGGACAGGAACUGUAAUUUCCAUAGAAACAUGCGUGCAGCGUCUUUGGAAAGGUUAUCGUUUAAAUAUACCCGAAGUAUUAAAAGAACUAAGAGAAUGUCGUGCAUCGAGCAUUCAAACAGAGGGACAAUAUAUUCUUGUGUAUCUUACUGUUCUGUAUUAUAUCAGUGCCAAAUUGCCAAAACAUCGUGAAGCGGUAUUGAAAUUUCAUGAUGCUUUCAAAGCAGCAAGUCUUUUAUGA